AUGAUCUUGAGCUACUUCUUCACUUUUCUGAGGUUUAACUUCAUCUAUUACAAAAUUAAAAAAUGCUUUCUUUACUAUAAUGCCGAAGAGAUAGAACUAAAUCAGCAAGGAUUGAAAAUAGUCCACCAUGCAGAGAAGACACUGUCCAGCUUCUGCAAGUGGCAGAAGAGCAUCAACCCCAAGAGUGACCUCAACCCCGUCCAUCAUGAUGUGGCUGUCCUUCUCACCAGAAAAGACAUCUGUGCUGGUGUCAAUCGCCCCUGUGAGACACUGGGUCUGUCCCACCUGUCGGGAAUGUGCCAGCCUCACCAGAGCUGUAACAUCAAUGAAGAUUCUGGACUCCCUCUGGCUUUCACAAUUGCCCAUGAGCUUGGACACAGCUUCGGCAUCCAGCAUGAUGGGAAAGAGAAUGACUGUGAGCCUGUGGGCAGGCACCCAUACAUCAUGUCCCGCCAGCUCCAGUACGAUCCCACCCCGCUCACCUGGUCCAAGUGCAGCAAGGAGUACAUCACCCGCUUCUUGGAUCGAGGUUGGGGUUUCUGCCUUGAUGACAUCCCAAAAAAGAAAGGCUUGAAGUCCAAGGUCAUUGCUCCAGGAGUGAUCUAUGAUGUUCACCACCAAUGCCAACUACAAUAUGGUCCCAAUGCUACCUUCUGCCAGGAAGUAGAAAAUGUCUGCCAGACACUGUGGUGCUCAGUGAAAGGCUUUUGUCGCUCUAAGCUGGAUGCUGCUGCAGACGGGACAAGAUGUGGUGAGAAGAAGUGGUGUAUGGCUGGCAAGUGCAUCACAGUAGGGAAGAAACCAGAGAGCAUCCCUGGAGGCUGGGGACGCUGGUCACCCUGGUCUCACUGCUCCAGGACAUGUGGGGCUGGAGCCCAGAGUGCAGAGAGGCUCUGCAACAACCCUGAACCAAAGUUUGGAGGGAAGUACUGCACUGGGGAAAGAAGACGUUAUCGCUUGUGCAACGUCCAUUCCUGCCGCUCAGAAGCACCUACAUUUCGGCAGAUGCAAUGCAGUGAGUUUGACACCGUUCCGUACAAGAAUGAAUUCUAUCACUGGUUUCCUGUUUCUAAUCCAGCACAUCCUUGUGAACUCUACUGCAGACCUAUAGACGGCCAGUUUUCUGAAAAAAUGUUGGACGCUGUCAUUGAUGGUACCCCUUGCUUUGAAGGAGGCAACAGCAGAAAUGUCUGUAUUAAUGGCAUAUGUAAGAUGGUCGGCUGUGACUAUGAGAUAGAUUCCAAUGCCACAGAGGAUCGCUGCGGCGUGUGCCUUGGAGAUGGCUCUGCCUGUCAGACUGUGAGGAAGAUGUUUAAACAGAAAGAAGGAUCUGGUUAUGUUGACAUUGCGCUUAUUCCAAAAGGAGCAAGGGACAUACGGGUAAUGGAGGUUGAGGGAGCUGGGAACUUCCUGGCCAUCAGGAGUGAAGACCCGGAAAAAUAUUACCUGAAUGGAGGAUUUAUUAUCCAGUGGAAUGGGAACUACAAGCUGGCAGGAACCGUCUUUCAAUAUGACAGGAAAGGAGACCUGGAGAAGCUGAUGGCCACAGGUCCCACCAAUGAGUCAGUGUGGAUCCAGCUCCUGUUCCAGGUGACAAACCCUGGAAUCAAGUAUGAGUACACAAUCCGGAAAGAUGGCCUUGACAAUGAUGUGGAGAAGAGGGAGUACUUCUGGCAGUAUGGCCACUGGACAGAGUGCAGUACAACCUGUGGAACAGGUAUUCGCCGCCAGACUAUCCACUGCAUAAAGAAGGGCAGAGGAGUUGUGAAAGCUACAUUCUGUGACCCAGAAAGGCAGCCCAAUGGGAGACAGAAGAAGUGCUAUGAAAAGGAUUGUCCACCCAGGCUCUUCACCACACUUUCAGUGAGCACUUUGGACCUCAACACUUUUGUAUCAUUUUGCCCAGUUGUACUUAAGGUUCCCUGGAAAAAUUGUUCUGUUUCCUGUGGUGGUGGAGUGCGGAUCCGCCGUGUGACAUGUGCCAAGAACAGUGAUGAGCCUUGCGAUGUGACAAAGAAACCCAACAGCCGAGCUCUGUGUGGCCUUCGGCAAUGCCCAUCUAGCAGGAGAGUUCUGAAGCCCAACAAAGGUACAAUCUCCAAUGAGAAAAACUUCCCAACACCUGAGAAAGACCCCUUAAAACCCAUCCUUCCACCUACAUCUAGUCCAAGAACCCUGACCACACCUACGGGGCUAGAGCCUAUGAGUACAAGUGUGACAAUCAAGAGCCCUGGUCCCACCACAACUUUCCAACAAGACCUGAAUAGGAAACAGUGGCUAAGUACCUCAACUCAGUCUGAACUGGAUUCUCAUUAUCUCAGUUCUACCGGAAGUACUUCUCAGCCCAUGUUCACUUCCUGGUCUUUGAGUAUCCAGCCAAAUGAAGAGAAUGUUUCCAAUUUGGACACUAGUCCUACCCCUGAGGUAGACCUUUUAGCCACAACAGCAAGUGGCUCUGAUGUUUCAUCUUCCAGCAACUCUGUGACUAGGCAGGUAACUCCAUACUAUGAUACUUUGACCAGAGAGCCAGAAAUGGAGAUUCAUAGUGGCUCAGGCGAAGACAGUGAACAACCUGAGAACAAAGAAGAAAGUAACCCUGUAAUAUGGGCAGACAACAGAGUACAUGGAAGUGAUGCCCCAGUGGUAAGAAGUACAAAAACACCACUUGGACCUCUGCCACCACCUUAUGUCAGAGAGGAGUCCUUCAGCACAGUGAUGGAAGGACUGCUACCCAGCCAAAGGCCCACUCCUCUCAAAAAUGGUACACCCAGACUUGAGGGGAUGUUCACUAAAAAUACAGCUAAGACUCCACUCUCUGUGGGAGAAGAUGACCAACCUGCACCCUCAGAAAAGUCAGUAAACCAUAACCAUCUAGAACCGACAAGCAACAUGAAUCUCACACAAAGUUCUGGACCAGUCGUGACAGAAGAGGAUGCAAUGAGCCUGAUUGCUGAGGGGUUUUUGCUAAAUACUUCUAAUUACAAGCAGCUCAUGACAGGCCACAGCCCUGCCUACUGGAUUGUUGGAAACUGGAGUGAGUGCUCCACGACUUGUGGGCUCGGGGCCUACUGGAGGAGUGUCCAGUGCAGCACCCAGAUCGACUCCGACUGCGCGGCCACUCAGAGGCCUGACCCUGCGAAGAAAUGCCACCUCCGUCCCUGUGCUGGCUGGAAAGUGGGAAACUGGAGCAAGUGCUCCAGAAACUGCAGUGGGGGCUUCAAGAUCCGGGAGAUUCAGUGCAUGGACAGCCGGGACCACCGAAGCCUGAGGCCAUUUCACUGCCAGUUCCUGGCUGGGAUUCCUCCCCCACUGAGCAUGAGUUGUAACACUGAGCCUUGUGAUGAGUGGCAGGUGGAGCCCUGGAGCCAGUGCUCCAGAUCCUGUGGAGGUGGAGUUCAGAAAAGGCGAGUGUCUUGUCCAGGAGGCCUCUGUGACUGGACAGAAAGGCCCACAUCCACAGCACCCUGUAACAAGCACCCUUGCUGUCACUGGGUCACUGGGAGCUGGAACUUGUGCACUGCUUCCUGUGGAGGUGGCCUUCAGAAAAGGACUGUCCGUUGUGUCUCAGAGGACAAUAAAACUGAAGACCAACACUGGUGUCUGUGUGACCAUGAACCCAAACCUCCCGAAUUCCAAAAAUGUAACCAGCAAGCCUGCAGGAGGAGUCCCGAUUUACUUUGCAUCAAGGACAAGCUGUCAGCCAGUUUCUGCCAGACACUGAAAACCAUGAAGAAAUGCUCCAUGCCCACUGUGAGGGCUCAGUGCUGCCUCUCGUGUGCCCAAACUCACAUGGUUCAUGCCCAAAGGCCAAGAAAGCGACAGACACUCAAAAGCCUCAAAUCACUCUGA